GGAAAACGGCUCACGAAGUCCUUAGUCCCAACCGAUCACAAUUCACAGACUACAUUCGCCGGAACUGUAAGCCGACGGACGGCCAGAGAGUAGCCAUUUCCGGUGGCCGUCGUCACUGUUAUCCAGCCUAAGCAAAAUGAAGCUGUGAACCGUAAAGAAGGUGGAGAAAAGGUCUGGUGCGGAAGAACAAGUUCAGCUUCUCCUUCGAGCAUCCUCAGUUAGGGAAACUCAAAUUCAAGCUCCGUUUCAUCAGCCAUGGACAAGUACUUGGUUCCUUCCGAUUCAAUACCCCAAAUCCCUAAACCGUUCCCGAGAAAUAGAUGGAAAUUAAGCACUGUCGAAUUGAAUGGGAAGUUGGAUCCCAAGUAUCGCCAGGAUUUGUCCGUAUUACUUGUGCAAUCUUAUGCAGAGGUUGGAGUAUUUCCUCAUUUGUAUCAUAUAGAUGGCGUUUUUUGUCCAACAAGUAUGAAUCGGAUUGUUGAUGGAGCUCAGGGUCAUCAACUGCCAUUUAAGAAACAAGGGAUAUCUGCUGUGGACUUCGACAACAAGGGAAUAUACUUGGUUUCAGCAACAAAAACAGGUUGUUUAACAGUACACGACUUUGAGAGUCUUUAUUUGCAGACUAAUGAAACAGGCUUGAGUGAAGACGAGACCAAACACUUAGUGCACCUUUCCCUAAAUGAACAGCUUGACUUUGUACGGUGGAAUCCUGCCAACCAAGAUGAGGUGGUCUGUACAUCCAUGAAAAGUAAGGAACUAAAGAUAUUUGACAUUGGUUAUAUUUCUUCUAAACCAGUUGAAGUGUUGAGAGUAAGACAAAGAAUCAAUAAUAUAGGGUCUGAUAAUCAUAAAGCUUUAUCUGAUAUAGCAUUUAUUUCAGAUAGUUCAAGGUUACUUGCAUCUGAUACAUGUGGAGUAAUCAAUAUGUGGGACAGAAGAACUGGAAUACUUCCAUGUCUUGAGCUUACCAGUAACUCAUGCAGUGCACUUAACAGAAUCCAGCUGAAUGUUGAAAAUCAGAUUAUCUUUGGUGCUGGUAAGCAUGGAGUCAUCUAUAUUUGGGAUCUUCGCGGAGGUAGAACAUCUGGUGCUUUUCAAAACCAUAAAGAGGUGUGCCAUCCUCCUCUAAAAUCAUUUAAGCUAGCCUCAAUGAUUGAGAGAAUUGGGACUUUGAAGGAGCAAGCGAAUAUCAUGCCAAAGGAAAUACACUCUAUUGAUUUCAACCCAGCCUGUCCAUAUCAGUUGGCCUUCCAUCUAGACGACGGUUGGUCAGGUAUUUUGGAUGUUUAUAAUUUUCAGGUCACACAUAUUCAUUGUCCACCCCCAGCUUGGAUAAAUGAUUCCAACGUGCCUACAGAUCAAUUAUUUUUGAGGAAACCAUCAUGGCUGCCAACAGAUUCUAUCUAUGUGGUUGGAUCUUCUUCCGUCGAAGGCAUUCAUCUUUUGGAUUUUCAUCCUGACUCCCGCUCUCCCAGCCACGUAGACUACAAUGAUCAACUAUGUGGUGCUGAAGCAGAGAACAAAAAACGACAGAACAGAUAUGUCGAGCUGUCUGAAGGAGUUACAUCUUGUGCUGCUCACCCUCUCAAUGGCACCAUCAUUGCUGGAACGAAGAAUUCAUCCUUGAUCAUGAUUUCCCAGAAGAACGAAUCAUGUUAGAAGCCAAGAUUGAUUAUACAAAUUUCUCAGCAACCAUUUGAAGCCAAAAUGUGAGGUAUGUAUUAUUAAGUUUGAUGGAGAAUGUGAAAGUAGAUGGAGUAUUUGGAACUCGAAGAACCCGUGGCUGAUGAUCAAUCAGAAAAGGCCUUACACAACUUUGGUUGGUUGAUGAUGAUAACAAGUUUUUUGGUUUUCUUUCUUUCAAACAAUUAGAUCGUUCUAUGUUGCUUAGAUUAAGCAAAGCAUACUUUAUUGGAAAAGGAAUUAUGAAGCUAAUUUUUCAUUGUUAAGUUUUGAAUUAGGAAUAUAAGCAUUACAGUUGAGAAUAAGUUUAAAUAUACUAUUCACUUGUUUA